AUGGUCAUCGUCGAGAUAAGGUUUCGAUGCAGUCUUCAUGGCACACACAGGCUUCGUGGCUCUUCGAGACGUAACCGCGACACCGGUCUGUGCAUCCCUAUUAUAUACCCUCCCAUCAAUUCAAAAUGUUGUUCGUCUCCACCCUUACGAAUUUCCAAUUCUGCCGGUGCUACACCAGUCCGUGGGGCAGAAUGCGAAAUCCGAUUUCCUUCCGCCCACUCCCCUGAGAUACCGCGCCCUCCUUCUGCAAAUAGUGCUGAAUUCAACAAUGGUGGAAAAUUAGGUGACGUAGUUUCCGUCUUUUCUCCCCCUGGGCCUCCAGCUUCACCCGUUCCUAGCCCUUCAAUCGAGUCCUGUACGGCCUCACCAUCCACAGCCUCAACUGAUCCCUUCAGUGCCUCUCCGGCGCCUAACUUUAUUCGAGUCAAGUUACGAAAACGCAGAAACGCCAUCUGUAGCCAGACUCCCAUGGCCAAGGGUCUUCGUGAUUUUCUUGUGUCUUAUAUCGUUUCACAUCUGACCGAAUCUAUGACUUCUUCACUGACUCUUACAGCAGCAGCUGCUGCUCAGUCGAUGAUGGAAGAGGAUGACAAUGUAGAGAACAAAGACUCUCCCUACCUAACGACCAAUUCCGAUUUGUAG